CGCCGGUUUAAAGCGGGAUCUAAUCCAACGGUUGAGAGAAAUAGCGUCCAUCAAAGGCUAUAAUGAAAACACGCGGCGCCUACUUAUAUAUAUACGGCUAAAACUCCUACUACCACCGCAUUCAAAACUCAAACCUUUUUUCCAAAGCGCUCCUUGGCGGCUUCCAUACGAGAAACUCACGCUCACCCUCCAGAUGGCGCUUCCAAAUCAGCAAACUGUGGAUUACCCUAGCUUCAAGCUCGUGAUUGUCGGUGAUGGCGGAACAGGAAAGACUACAUUUGUGAAACGGCAUCUCACUGGAGAGUUUGAGAAGAAAUAUGAGCCAACCAUUGGUGUGGAAGUUCACCCAUUGGACUUCUUCACAAACUGUGGAAAGAUUAGGUUCUAUUGCUGGGAUACAGCUGGGCAGGAAAAAUUCGGUGGGCUCAGAGAUGGAUACUAUAUUCAUGGACAGUGUGCCAUCAUCAUGUUUGAUGUCACUGCUCGUCUGACAUACAAAAAUGUUCCAACAUGGCAUCGGGAUCUCUGCAGGGUGUGCGAGAAUAUUCCAAUUGUUUUAUGUGGAAACAAGGUGGAUGUGAAAAAUAGGCAGGUCAAAGCAAAGCAGGUUACUUUCCACAGGAAAAAGAAUCUCCAGUACUAUGAAAUUUCUGCAAAGAGCAAUUAUAACUUUGAGAAGCCCUUCUUGUACCUUGCUCGAAAACUUGCAGGAGAUGUCAAUCUCCACUUUGUUGAGUCACCUGCUCUUGCUCCUCCUGAAGUUCAAAUUGAUAUGGCUGCACAAGCUCACCAUGAAGCAGAGUUGGCAGCAGCCGCAGCACAACCACUUCCUGAUGAUGAUGAUGACACGUUUGAGUAGUGGGGCUUUAGGCCGCCCAAGCUUCUGUUUGCUUGUCUCGCCAAACAAAAAUGAGAGAAACUGUUGCGAUGUUUGCUAUUAUUGCCCAUCAACAUGUUUAGGUUGAGAAUUUGUUCCUGCAAUGUGCCUCAGUUUUCCAGUUGAAAUCGAGGGGUGGGGGGUUGUACUAUGAUGAGAUUCAAUGUCCAGCUUCUUCAUUUAGAUAUCUAGAAUCUUGUUUUUCAUUUCAUGCAUGUUGAAUGUCAGGGCGGAGGUGUACUGUCUUGCUUGCUCCUCUAGUUCUGAAGUUAGAAAGGAGUUUUCUUUCUUUUCCCUUUUUUUUUUUUGGCUAAUUUUUUAAUUCUACUACUUGAUGAUGCUAAGUUAUGAGGUAAGAGUGAGAUGUACUCACUCUGUUUUCUUUCUCUA